GAUUGUUUGUCUGGCAUCUGAAGAACAUGGGAAUACGGCAGAUACCAUGCCAGUUUGUGCAUCUGUGCCACGUAGCCAAUGACAGAUUGAUUACGUUUCAGUACUUUAACUUUCUCAAACGAAUGUAUGUAACGCAACACAACAAAGACCUCAGCCAACAAGCAAAACCUAAGUCAGAUUCAGUUGCAUCUCCUUUCCGUGAGCUUCAGCAAUUGGAUCAAGAAAAAAAGGUGAUACACAAGAUUAGACCAAUUUCACCUGUUCAUCAACCUUUGUCUGAGACAUCAAGCAGAAAUGAGUUGAGAGAAACGAAGUCAGCUGCAGAAAUUGAAGACUCAGUCACACCAGUAAGAGCAGAAUCUAAAGACGACAGACAAUGGAAAGAAAUGAAGCUGCAGCUGGAUGAUUUGCCAGGAAUUUUGGCACGCUUGUCCAAAAUUAAGCUUACAGCUCUGGUUGUAAGCACCACGUCUGCUGGCUUUGCCAUGGCCCCGGUCCCUUUUGACCUGACCUGUUUCCUGCUUGCCUCCCUCGGAACUGGACUGGCGUCCUGUGCUGCCAACUCCAUCAAUCAG